GAUAAUUAUCAGACGAGGUGCGUGGGUGGGUGAGGUGUGGCGUCGAGCAGUUUGGAAAAUUUUCUUUAUAUUUGGGGUUGGGGUGCUAUGCUAAUUAAUUAAUAAACCCCAUGGAUAAUUGGAACAGAAAAGAGCGUGGUGUGUGUGUGUGUGUGUGUCGGUUCGUAAGUACUGUAAGACUAACUGAGUAUUUAACAUACUACUGUACCCAAACUUAACACUAGGACGUAAAAACAUCGUGACGCGAUACAGGAGUAGACGAGCGGAAGGUUGUCGAGACAUUAUUAUUGAGUCGCCGGCGCCCAAUCCAAGUCCCAAGUCCGCAUUAAAAUCAACCAGCCCGCUCUCAAGCAGCCUUCCGGUCAGACACGUCGCAUAAUGCCAAUGUGGACAUGUGACGCUGCGCGCUGCUCGAAACCUGCCGUGCGCAGCGGUGAUUGCAUGCUAUGCAACCGGCACCUUUGCUCCUCGCACGUGCAAACUCCGUUUCAUGGAUGUCCUGCCUGGGAGGACGCAGAAAGAUACGAUCCCGCCGCCCAGGAGGCAGAGAAGCGGGAGAUGGAGGCUCUAUUCGCAAGGAUCGACACAGACGCGCUGGCCGCGCAUGCGAGCGCGUUACGGGAUGGGAUGCGCUGUUCUAUCCCUGCGUUGGAGUAUGAUCGGGCGAGACGGAGCGCUGUGAUGGGCGGGAUGAAUUAUCAUGUCGAUGUGGUGUUUGAGGACGGGGUGGUGUGGUUGGCGCGGAUACGCCGGGUGAAUGCGACGUCGCCGCCGGCCGCGCUGCGAGACUAUAUUCUGCGGAGCGAGGUGGCGACGAUGAGGUUUCUGGCUGGAACGGCGGUGCCGGCGCCGAGGGUGUUUGACUUUGUGCCGGAAGGGCGGGGGAGUGUAGGGUAUAUGCUGGUGGAGAAGAUGGCGGGGACGGCGCUGCGAUGGUCGCUUGCUGCGCCGGCGCAACGGCGGAAGAUCGUGGAGCAGCUUGCGGAUGUGUUUAUUGAGCUGCGGAAGUAUCCGUUUGAGGAGAUGGGGUGUUUGGGUACUGCGGCGUCGAGUCGUGUCGGGGCGUUUGCUCGCGAGUCUUUGGCCGACUUUACGGGCUCUCGUAUGGCGCCCUUGGGCCCAUAUUCUGCGCUCCAGGACUAUCAUGCUGCCUCGAUCAGGCUUAUACUAGACCUCAUCCUACGAGAGGAAAUGUACGCCCAGAAUCCCAUCGACGCAUACCUCGUCCACCGCUUUCUCCUCGACCUGGUCCCGUCGGUUCUCCCUGCUCAAGACGGCCAUUUCUACCUCAAGCAUGCCGAUGACAAGGGCGACCACAUUCUCGUCGACAGCGAGUACAACAUCACCGCCAUCAUCGACUGGGAGUGGGCAUACACAGCGCCGGAAGCGAUAGCCUUCAAUUCGCCCAUCGGCCUCCUUCCCGUAAGCGAGUUCUACGACGGCCUCAACACAUUGGGAGAGGAAGAGGAGAUGCUGGCGGGGAUACUGGAAAGCAGAGGCGCACCAAGCCUAGCGCAGGCCGUGCGAGAUGGGCGAUUACAGCAUCGGUUUGCGUUCUGUUGCGGAUACGACCUCGUUGCUGACUGGAAUGGAUUCCUUGGGCUGUUCAAAGGGUUGAGGGAUGCGGUUCGUGUUGAUCAGGGGUUGGAGUGGGGGGAAUGGAGACAAGUGGCGUUGGAGCGCUAUCGAGGUGAUGAGGGAUUGGAACGGUUACUUUCCAAAGCAGGUGGUGUGGAAACAGGAAACAGGUGAUAUGCGAGGAUAUGUAAUAUUAUAUGUCGGAGGGUCGGACAAUUGUCUUGCAUGAAGAAGGGGCAUUAGCCACGUGGGGCAUUAGCCACGUGGCUAUGCAAUGUACGAGUCAGCCACGGGUGUGGCGCCUGUAGUC